AUGAUUGCACAAAAUAAUAUGUUUUUUGAUAAAUCGUUGCCUGAUGUCGAGACAUCGUUAAAUGAUCAAGAUUUUAUGUUGGCAAGAAUUUCAAGAGAUGCAGCUGACGGAGAAUUUUGGGCUAGCAAAUCUCGAGUCAACGAUUCAGCAAUGUACAAUAAAGAUCGUUUUGAGGGAGAUAUCAUUAAUAGCGGUUUAAACCCACGAACGGUGAGCGCUUUCAUGGGACAAGCGAGAAUGCCGGGAGUCAUGAGAAAUGCCGUUCGACAGACGUAUCUCAAAUGGACUGAUGGACGAAUCCCAUACACAAUCAGCUCACAGUACUCGUCUUUCAGUCGCUCGAAAAUCGCCGAAGCUAUCGAAGAGUACCGAAAACUGACGUGUAUCGAUUUUGCGCCUAAAUCCGCCGCCGAUCAAGACUAUAUUCAUAUUGUGCCCGACGAUGGUUGCUAUUCGCUGGUCGGAAGGAUUGGGGGGAAACAGCCGGUGAGCCUGGGCGAUGGAUGCAUCCAAAAAGGGAUCAUCAUUCACGAGCUCAUGCACGCCGUCGGCUUUUUCCACGAGCAGAGUCGUGCCGAUCGAGAUGACUAUGUGACGAUCAAUUGGAGUAAUGUUGAAUCAGGAUUACAGGAUCAAUUCGAUAAAUACUCUCUGAACAUGAUCGAUCACCUCGGCACCAAGUACGACUAUGGAAGUGUGAUGCAUUACGCGCCGACAGCAUUCAGCAAAAACGGAAAAUCGACAAUCGAGCCGAAAGAGUCGGGAGUCGAGAUCGGGCAACGGAUUGGUUUCUCGGAAAUCGACGUCUUUAAAAUCAACAAACUUUACGAUUGUCCACAACUUUCAACAACCACCGAAGCAAUCCCUUCAUCAACCCUUCGAAUGCGCACAAAGAAACCCUCAUUGACUAAAGAAAAUCUCGGAAUUAUGGGUCCAAUUGGUGGUUCGUCAGCGAUUUCAAGUGGAACAAGUGGAACUGGGAGUCAAGGAAUGGUUCCAAGACCAUCCAUCAUUCCACAUAAGCCAGAAGAGAGUGGGUGUCGAGAUAGAAGACGUGAUUGUCAAUAUUUGGCAGCAGCGGGUCAUUGUGAGAAUCGUUUGUCGAUUCGUUUCAUGACGGAGAACUGUCAAAAAAGUUGUGGAAAGUGUCCAAAAGAAGAAACGGGGAAUGAAGAGACAAGUGUUGAAGCGUGUAGCGAUUCGCGUUCUUGGUGUUCUAGAUGGGCCACAUCAGGUAUGUGUCAACAACCAAUUUUCGAGGACUAUAUGCGAAGCAAAUGUCGAAAGAGUUGCAAUUUGUGU